UGAGAACUAGCCAACUCUUCUUCAUUCGCGCCCCGGUGGACUGAAACAGGAAAAAACAAAGGAGUUGAGGAAAUAAAAGCUUGCCAAAUAUGCCGGUGUUUACAGUAAAUGUGAAAUGGGGCAAAGAGAAGUUUGAUGCUGUAGAGCUGAACACUGAGGAACCACCCAUGGUUUUCAAGGCUCAGCUCUUCGCCCUGACAGGAGUCCAGCCCGACAGACAGAAGGUCAUGGUGAAGGGAGGCACUCUGAAGGAUGACGAAUGGGGGAACAUUAAACUGAAAAAUGGAAUGACUCUACUGAUGAUGGGUUCAGCAGAUGCCCUGCCUGAGGAGCCUGCUGUCAGGCCCAUGUUUGUAGAGGACAUGACUGAGGAACAGCUGGCCUCAGCGAUGGAGCUACCUUGUGGGCUGACAAACUUGGGCAACACCUGUUACAUGAACGCCACAGUGCAGUGUCUGCGCUCUGUGCCAGAGCUCAAAACUGCUCUCAGAAGGUAUUCAGGUGCUCUGCGAUCUUCAGGGGCAAAUGCACCAUCACAGUACAUCACAGCAGCCCUUCGUGACUUAUAUGAGACCAUGGACAAGACCUCGUCCAGCCUGCCACCCAUUAUUUUGCUGCAGUUCCUUCACAUGGCCUUUCCACAGUUUGCUGAAAAGGGAGACCAGGGACAGUACCUCCAGCAGGAUGCCAACGAGUGCUGGCUGCAGAUGAUGAGAGUUCUUCAGCAAAAGUUGGAGACACUAGAGCCAGAGACUCCCAUGGAGACCGACACUGAGAGCGGAGCUGCCUCUGCCUCUGCAAAGAAGAAUUUCAUCGACCAGUAUUUCGGUGUUGAAUUUGAAACUAGCAUGAAAUGCACAGAGUCUGAGGAGGAGGAGCCAAUCAAGGGCAAAGAAAAUCAGCUCCAACUCAGCUGCUUCAUCAACCAAGAAGUCAAAUACCUUGCAACAGGACUAAGGCUAAGACUGCAGGAAGAAAUAACAAAAAUGUCUCCAUCCUUGGAAAGAAAUGCUCUAUACAUAAAAUCUUCAAAACUCAGCCGUCUGCCUGCCUACUUGACUGUUCAAAUGGUCCGUUUCUUCUACAAAGAGAAAGAGUCUGUCAAUGCAAAAGUCCUUAAGGAUGUCAAGUUCCCACUCAUGCUGGAUGUCUAUGAGCUGUGCACUGCAGAGCUCCAGGAGAAAAUGCUGCCAGUCAGGUCAAAGUUUAAGGUGAUGGAGGAUAAGAAGCUAGAGAAACAACAGCAGAAGUUGGUGAAAAAGCCAGGUGCAACGAAAAGUGUGAAGCACGAGCCCUUCUCAUUCCCUGACGACCUUGGUUCCAACAACAGUGGUUACUACGACCUGCAGGGCGUGCUGACACAUCAAGGCCGCUCGAGCUCAUCAGGUCACUACGUUGGAUGGGUCAAAAGGAAAGAAGAUGAGUGGGUCAAGUUUGAUGAUGACAAGGUGAGUGUGGUGUCUCCAGAGGAUAUCCUGCGACUGUCCGGCGGUGGAGACUGGCAUAUAGCAUACGUUCUACUGUACGGGCCCCGGCGGCUGGAAAUACUUGAAGAGGAACAGUAGCUGUGGAAGAUUUCCUAGAAGACAAAGAUGUCAUCCAACACACAUACACAAAUUUGCCAUUUCCAAGCACUGUCUGCAUAGAUGUGCAAUAAAACUGGUGUCUUUAAAAAUUUGAUGACCUUAAUUUUUUUGUUUUUUGUAACCAACAUGGAUGCUUGUAAAACAAAAUCUGUCAAAUGGUGUUAAAUAUUCAACAUAGUGGGCUUUGAAAAUGGAGAUAUGACGAGAAGCAAUCUCUGGACUGGAUCCUUUAAAGAGGUUUUUAAGUCUUGCGCUGCAGUUUCAGUAAAUGUUUUAUACACAUUGUAUAUUUUUUAAAGCCUUUGAUGAGGUGCUCAUAUCAUUAAAGCGAAAUAUUUCUCUUUAGUCACGUAUUCAACUUAUAAAAAAAAAAAAAAAAGCCUAGCCAAGCUUUUGUCCUUGACAUUCUGGCUUGUAACCUCUCAGAUGUAUUAUGGAGAUUUUCACUUAACACUGUAAAGACUUGCCCUUGUUCACCUGUUGGGCCUCUGGGAAAUUUGGGUUCAAUCUCAGGUCUUUUGUUAAGUGCUUGGCUCGCAUCAUCUCCUGGAAUUGUUCUCUAAUGUAGUGACAGAUGAGAAAUCUUCACUAAUGCUCUUUUGAGGGAAGUGUUUGUGGGGAGCCCGGUCAGAACAGAACAGGUUGCCCUUGUGGUGAACUGUGCAGUUAAAUAAAGACUUGAGAUUCAACCAUGAUGGUUUACUCGACAAACCUUGAACAUUGUCUCUGUUGACACUUGAUCUCAAAAUCUGACAUCGAUACUUUGAAAUGCUUUGCCUCACUUUGUUUCUCUGCAGGUUUUCCUGAUCACCCUGCCACAAUGUAAGACCUAACCAUCAACACUCUGUAAUAAGUUAUUGACUGAUCGCUUUUCAUGGGUGGUGAAAAUAAACUGUAUACCAAAAUGUGAGAUUUUUUUUAU